CCAUGUCCAAAAUUUUCAGAAAUGGUCAAAAUCUCGGGAAAAUAGUCAAGAAAUCCACAUACGUUCAAUUAUUUCCAUCCAUGUUGCUCCCCAGUAUCUGAAAAUUCCCAUCCAAAUUAAUGCAUCCGUUUUCCAAAAACAAUUGUAUCUUAUGUUACUUUCUUUGCUUGUUUAUUUAUAAACCACUCCACCUCCAAACUCUUUUCACUCAAAGCCAUCGCAUUCACAUUACACAAAAUUCCUCAGAAACAAAAUGCCCAAGAAACUCCAAAAGUAUCUCCGAGAUUACCUCUCCAAGGUAAAGAAACCACCCCCACAAAUCCUGUUUCCCUCCAGAAAAUGGAUCCGAUCAGGUUGUAAGCACCCAAAAACCCUAUCAUUUGCCAUCAAUCGUGACCGAAAGGAAGCUCAUAACGACAACGAUGAUGCAGCCUCACUCUCGGAUAUUGAUCAGUUUUUGUUUGAGAAUUUCAGGUCACUUUAUCUGAAAGACGACGACGAAGUUGAAGACGAUGAGAGUGAAAAAAGGGGUAAAGAAGUCCGUCAUACCGAGGUCUUUUGGGAUAAAACUCUACGCCUGAAAGAAAGUCGUGAUCAGCAACACGACACUGAAAGCUUAGGCGGGGUUUUGUUUGAAUCCCCUCGAUUCAAUAUCGAUCCACCCGCGGUGGAUCUUUGUGGCUCUCACCGGUUCUUUGUGUCCCCUGGCCGAGCAUCGAGCUCGGUCAUGGAGGAGGCUCGGCUAAGCACCACCACCACGUCCGAGGACUUAGGCUCAAGCUCAAUCUCAACUCCAACCCUAAAUGAUUCAGCCACUACGUCGAACUCUAAUAACAAGGAUCAUGCAAAAGACGUCACGCUUCCCAACGACUGCAUCGCCGUCUUGACCUACUCCCCGAGCCCCUACCACGAUUUUCGAAGAUCCAUGCAGGACAUGGUGGAAUCCCGUCUGCGAAAUCAUGCAAAGGUUGAUUGGAAUUUCAUGGAGGAGCUUCUGUUUUGCUACCUAAACCUGAACGAGAAGAAGUCUUACAGGUUCAUAUUAAGUGCCUUUUCGGAUUUGAUUGUGGAUUUGCGUCAAAAUUCGAACAGGGGUUCUGAGAGGUCGUCGUCGUCGUCAUCAUCAAAAUUUUGAAAACGCAAGAAAAAGGGGAUCGUGGAUUUCAGCAAAGAAUUUGAACAUGAAUAUUGGUGAUACAGAAAAUAUUAAUGUAUUUUUAAGAUUGUUAAUUUUUUCUGGGUUUGUUCUCGGUAGUGCUCACAUGCAAAAUGCUUUGCUUGUAUUAUAGACAUGAUGUA